AUGCCACUGCGGUCUAUGGGCCCGCCUCAGAAGCAUCUUUCAAUGGCGAGUGCGGCAGGUGCGCAACGUGCGCUACCUUCACAAAGGCUUCCUCCUCACGGGUCUAUUCUUGCUUCACAAGCCGAUAUCACCGAUCAAAACGUCUUCAGGCAACUGAUCAACGAGGUUCUACGUUUGCCGACUAGCAACAAUGAUGGACCUGACGCAUCAGCAUUUGACGUCGAGUUGGAUACAAAUUAUCAACUCAUCCAAGUUGUCACGAAUGUUGGCCUGGCUCCUCUCGCGGAUAAUGAAUCACCAGCGAGCUCGACAUCCAACAAGCUCAUAACACGCUUCUUGUUAUUCGGAUAACAAUGCAGCGCACACCGAAAGUCUUGUAUCAGGCGUUGGCACAAGCAACAUCACCAGAAAAAGUGAUCCUUGCGCUUUGGCUCCUUCCCUACGUUACAAAGCUACUUGGCCAUCCCAAGCUGACGGACUUACAUGAGGAUAUCAUUCAAACGUUGGAAGAUAUCUUCAAAACAUUGCUUCAUGCAACAGAAGCCGGUCCGGUGGCGAAAGAUUUCGUCGUCGGAAUACAGGCACGUAUGCAGAAGAGUCUGGCAGUCGUCUCGAGACUUUCAUCUGACAUAGAUGGUUAUGGUUAUUCAGGCCGGGCAGACCAUGCGAUGGCACUACUCGAAGGCGCAUUGCUCAUGGCGACAAUAUUUCAGCUCUACGCGUCCUUAUAUGCUGUUAACCCUGGCUAUUUCAAAAGCGCCGGCCUGCCUGACAUGUGCCUAUGGUACGACUCGGCAGUCACCCUGAUGGUAUCCUGGCAGGCAACUCAGUUCGAUACACGGCAUCUACACGACAUUCGCCACCAUGUGCUUUCUCGUACUACACGAGCUUUGGCUUUUCUGCUUUCCACGAGUUGUGGAGGUAUUUCCGAGAGGCAUAUGGUUUUGCGUCUUAGUGUCUCAUGGGCAAAGAUUAUGCUACAUGAUCGCUCCGCACAAAGUGAACAAGACUUGACGUUACUCUUUGGUGCUUUUGGAAGACUGUCAGAGGAUGCUACAGUGCCCAACUCGGCUUUUGGUGGACUGUGGGAACUUCUACAACGACUCGGUGGCGAUGCACGUUUAGGGGACAUAUGUUCCGGGCGUGUCCGUGCUAUGACCAUGAUCCUUCAAGAAAAUUUCCAAAGGCACCGCA